AUGGGCACUUCCACCUGGACAUGCAGUCUGCCUGUGGUGGAAGGUCAUGGCAAGAGGCAGCGGCAGUCCAGGAAACUGCGCCAACUUGAGGUGCAGAAGCCCCAAAUGCUGAAGAGCCGCCCACAGCCACACGUGGCUCUGUCUCGCAGCGAGGUAAGAGCAAAGGAUGCUGGCCCUUUGAAGUCGCUCCUGAGGCCUCCCAGGCCAGAUCCUCCACAGACCGUUUGGAAAUACGUCCGCCGCAAGCUGGCGGCUUUUGGCUGCCUGCGCCGGCGCAGUGGCCCAGGCUCGCGUGGAGUCGGCUUUCAACCUUCUGUUCGCGUACUGUCCUACCCCCGAAAGCUUUGCGGUGGGGACGGUGUGCCAACGGACGGCUCCACCAUUGCCUUGGGCCUUGGCGGCGUGGCCACGGAAAAUCAGGUCGCUCUGAGCAGUGGACCCCGCGGGGUGCCAUCAGAUCAGAUUUCAUGGAUGCCCGCGGAGAUGCGUGAGCGAGUCCUUGCGGAUGCCAUGGGCCCGCAGAGCUUCGCGUCUGCGCAGGCAGAGCUGCAGCCGGAGAUGAUGCAGCUCCUCAGCCUUCGUCGUGACACCACGGAGGACGGCAAGGACGUGGCCAUGAUGCCGCAGUCCAUGGAGGAGGCAAUUGCACGGGCCAGACAGCUCACUGAGGAGGUCGCGGCGCAGAAAGCUGCGGAGAAGCGCAGCGCGGCGCUGCGGCGCCUGGCAGCACCGCCCAGCCCCAGGAGGAAGGCCUCAGGCGCGCCAGGCGCGCCAGGGCCGCGGUUGUGGCCGCUGCGGCCGAAGGUGAGAAAGAAUCGAAAGAAUGCCAAAAAGGGCCUACGUCGGAAGAGCGGCUGCAAGUCGCAUCGACCCGCCACUACUCAGGCGGGCUUGCUUGAGCUGUGA